AUGGCCACACAUAACUUUCUUACGCUUGAUAAGAAGAUCGAGUUGAUCAAUGAUUCCGCUAACGGGGCUGGUCUUUCGCAGCGCGAGCUGUCUACAAAAUAUAACAUAUCGAAAGGUGCGGUAUACAACAUUCUCCAGCGGCAAGAAGAAUACAAAUGCGACUUUCAAACGAACUCGAACAAAGGUGUCAAACGCAAGUUACAAGAUGAUUCAGGUCGAAAAAUAGAUGAAGCAGUGUUCUCAUGGUUUACUCAACAAAGAUCGAAAAAUAUACCUCUCUCUGGUCCAUUAAUUCAAGAAAAGGCAAGAGAGUUCGCCGAAGGAUUUGGAUGUUCGCCAGGAACAUUUAAAGCAUCAAAUGGAUGGUUAGACAAGUUUAAAAAUCGUCACUGUAUAACAUUUCGUUCUAUAUCUGGUGAAAGCGCUCAAGUUGAUCCUGCUACAGUUGAAGAAUGGAAGAAAAGAUUACCAGCUUUAAUUAAUUCUUAUGCAGAAAACGAUGUUUAUAAUGCUGCUGAAACUGGAUUGUUCUUUAAAUUAUUACCAGAUCGAUCAAUGGUAUUACCCAAAGAAUCAUGCAAUGGGGGGAAACAAUCCAAGGAAAGAUACACUGUCCUUUUAUGUGCGAACUGGUCGGGUACUCACAAGCUGAAACCAUUAGUUAUUGGUAAGAGCAAAGCUUGGUGA